AUGGGCCUGCUUCUCAGUGUUCUGCGCGUAGUCGCGCUUCUUGGUACGGCAUACGUGCUCUUCAAUGUCUUGAAGAAUUACUUCAGCCGUUCGCCCCUGGACAACAUCCCCGGUCCCCCGUCAGGUCAUUGGUUCAAAGGGAACCUGGGGCAACUCUUCGAUCGUGCUGGUUGGGACUUCAACCAUGGAAUAGGCCUCAAAUACGGUCCUGUCUUGAAAUUACAUGGCAUGUUGGGGACCAGGCAGCUCUUCGUAUUCGAUCCUACCGCUCUCUCUAGCAUCAUCGUAAAGGAUCAAUACAUAUAUGAGGAGGCGCCCGAGUUCAUUGCCUCAAUGCACUGCAUGUUGGGCGACGGUCUGCUCGCUACCCUUGGGGAACGUCACCGCAAGCAACGCCGGCUCUUGAAUCCCGUCUUCUCCGUCGCGCACAUGCGACACAUGCUUCCCAUCUUCUACAACAUAACGGCCAAGCUCCAAGAAGCCAUUGCUGUGCGAAUCAAAGCUGGCCAAGAACAAGUCGACGUCCUCGACUGGAUGGGCCGCACCGCGCUUGAGCUCGUCGGUCAGGCCGGCCUAGGAUGGUCCUUUGACCCACUCGUCAAGGACACGGUGGAUCACAAUCUGGGUACCGCCGUCAAGGCUAUCGUCCCGACUCUCUUCCCUCUCCGUCUCGUCCGACCUCUCCUUCCCCUCGCUACGAAGAUUGGCCCCCCGGCUCUCCAGCGCAAACUGAUUGACCUCAUCCCCAACGUACAGUUGAAGCGUGCGAAGCAGAUAUCCGACGAGAUUCAGAACCACUCGCGCAGGAUCUUUGAGGAGAAGAAGCGGGCGAUGCGCGAGGGAGAUGAAGCCGUCACGCAUCAGAUCGGUGAGGGCAAGGACGUCAUGAGCAAGCUCAUGCAAGCGAACACGAAUGCUUCUGAGGAGGACAAGCUGCCCGAGGACGAGCUGCUCGGACAGAUGGCUACGUUCAUCUUCGCCGGCAUGGACACGACCUCGAACGCGCUUGCACGAACACUCGAUCUUCUCUCCAAGCACCCGGACGUCCAGAACAAGCUCCGUGAAGAAAUACUCGAGGCCGUCCGCGAGCACGGCCCCGAGAUCCCGUACGACGUUCUCGUCGAGCUGCCCUACUUGGACGCCGUCUGCCGUGAAACCCUCCGUCUGUAUGCUCCCGUCCCACACUUAAUCCGGAAGACGCGUCAGGACAUCGUCAUGCCCCUCUCAACACCGAUCCGCGGCGUCGACGGUACACUUAUCAACGAAAUUCCCGUACCCGAGGGCACGAUCGUCCACAUCGGCAUCCUCGCGUCGAAUCGCAACCCGGCAUUGUGGGGCCCCGAUGCCGCGGAGUGGAAGCCCGAGCGCUGGCUGAACCCCCUGCCCGACGUCGUCAAGGACGCGCACAUCCCUGGCGUGUACUCGCAUCUGAUGACCUUCUUGGGCGGCGGACGCGCGUGCAUCGGGUUCAAGUUCUCUCAGCUUGAGAUGAAGGUAGUCCUGUCCGUGCUCCUGGCAAACUUCACCUUCGCUCCGUCUGGCAAGGAGAUACGCUGGAAUGUGGCUGGUAUCCAGUACCCGACUGUUGGCAUGAACCUGGUACCCGAGCUGCCGAUGAAGCUUGGGUUCGUCAAGGCUUGA